AUGGGAAGCUCUCCCGACCAAAUCUCGCAACCAGCCGUCAGAAAGAUUUCAUCUUUACCGCAAGAAAUCUUGAUUGCGAUUUUCGACUAUCUGACACCCGAGGAUCUCAGUCAAGUUGUACAAAGCAGCCGUGAGCUAUACAAAUCUGCAACUUCGUCUUGCUUAUGGGAAAGAUUUUAUUUUUCCUUCUGGAAAGAAGAUCGUAUAGAAAACCCUCAAAGCGCUAGAUUGAACCAAUUACGCAACAAACGGAGAAUUCAGAAUUUAUACCACACGGCUCAAUCCGUUUGGAACAGGCACAAAACAAGCAAUUCUUCCAUGGAAACUCCAUUUCCAGAAUUUUUAACUUUUAGUCCAAGCACACAGUUGCACGUAGAGGAAGAAGGAAGCUUGGACUUCUAUAAACUUUUUUGUGCUCGCAUACGUACUGAUGAAAAGGUCAUACAAGUCAUCAAAGAACAAUGCAUCAAUCCUACGUGUUGGUUUGAGAAAGUCUAUGAAACUCUACAAUCGUAUGGAGACGAUGUGAAAGAUAUACUCAUCGCAUUGAUCGUAGUUCAAAAAAGGGUUGGAAGAAAUCCAGAUAUUUUCAUAGAGUCAGAUAAUAUGCAAAACUCAAAAAUGAUUGAUUUCCCAUCAGCAUUACAGUCGCGCAAACCUAGCACUUAUAGAUCGAAAACGCAUUCUAUGGUAAUACAGCAUCUCGGAGAAAUGAUGUUGCAAAUUACAAGAGAGCAACAAGCAAUUUAUGGACUGAAUCGGAUGUGGGCAAUUAUUCAAGAAUAUGAUAUAUUGGGACCCUCUUUUUCAUGGACGGAGAUCAGUGCUACACGUAGUAACGACGACGCAAAUUUAGUCCCACAAGACGUAGUCCAAAUCAAACAAAUCGAAACUGUUUUUGGCUACUUUUCAAUGAUCUGUGGAGGUGAGGGUCAAGAAAUCUCCAACGAACUAGACAAAAUGGCAGUUGCAUGCUCAUUAUUCUUAGCAGAUCGUGACACUCAGUCAGAAGGGCCGAAAAAACAACAAAAGAUUGCUCUUGCAAUUUAUGAAUUCUUGAAAAUUCGUCAAUUUCGCAUGGCAAAGGUCUAUGAUACAACCAAAGUCUAUAAGAAUUUUAUUCAUUGCUGCUUAAGCAAAGCAACAAGGGAAACUCACCCUAUGACAUUUUCUGUGUUAUAUUGUGCAAUAGCUUGCCGUCUGGGGUUGUUUGCCUUACGUACUUGCAUUCCAGAUAGUGCCAUAAUUGCUAUACGGGGCGGAAGUUCUGGGCAAGAUACCAAUUUUUGGCUUGAUGUAGAAGAAGGUGGUCUGAUUUAUGAUUCACUUGAUCUCAAGCGUAAAUUUCGAGUCAGUAAUGAUGAUUCACAAAGCGCACAAGUUUCUACCUGCUCAACACUCUUUUGCUGUCUUUCGGCUGCAAGGAAUAUUGAAAGGGAUAUUGGACCAGUCAUAUCACCAUUUAUGACGCUGAACACAGUAGAUCUCAUUGACCAACAAAAAGUCACCAUGAAUCAAGAUGCUGACGAAAUCUUUGAAUUGAUUAUGGCAAAGGAUGAUAAUCCUUUCAAUCCUAGCGCUACAUACUUCAAUCAUAGUGAUGACCAAAUGUAUCUGGUAUCCGCAAUCUAUCCGAAGACAGAAAGAUUGGGAAAAAGGCUGACUGAACAGUCUAAUCCCGCAAGCGCACAAUUACCAUCUCGUUCGCAAAGCAUAAAUACGUUUAUAAUUGGAAGAAACGAGCUGGAAAACAGAUCCAAUACAGAAGGCAUUUUCCAUUCUUUAACAAUUCUUGGAACAAUACUUCCCCAGUCCCUCAUUAGCAAGGCUGUCGCCUUUGAAAGAAGAAAGCCAUUUUUACGAGGCCAAGCCCCAAUAGACAGACUAGAAGAUGCCGUAAUACGAGCGAAAGGGAUGAUCAAACAGCAGAAGGAGAAGCUACCUCCUAUUAAAAGGCUUGCUAGAAGUUCUUCAGGGCACACAGACGAUGUUGAAGAUCAAAGUACGAUUGAUGAUUAUAUCGAUGACGAUAUAUUAGAUACAAUUCACCCAGUAGGUACAGUAUUUGUUCACAGGACAGAAGACUAUCACGGAGUGAUUACCGUCUGGAACAAAGAUUAUGAAAGUCCUAAUCCCAUCUUUUUCCAUUCGAUGGAAGAUGACGCUACAAAAGAUCUUCCUCGAAAGCAACCAUUUUAUUGGAUCGUAGCAGCUGAUAAUACAACUCGGUAUGUCGCUCAUGUUAAUAUUCAGCCUGCUUCGGUUUGUCUGAGUUCGCUAAAGAAUGAUACAUCAGCAAGCACAACCCGUCUUUCGUAUACUCAAGUUGAGAAAUUGCGAAAAGUUGUACAAAGUAGAGAAAGCCUUACGUUCUCUCGAGUGACUGCGCAAAAAGAUGGGAGCCAUUUACGCUUUGAACUCAGGGAAGAAAUGCUAGCCAUUUAUCCUGAUGAGAUUGCCGCAUAUAAAAAGCAGAUCAAGUCCGAAAGACAAGAAGAAGUCGACAUAAUAAAAUUAUGUAGUAUCAAAAGUAGCUUUGACGAUGAUGAUGACGAUACUGAAAACGAAGCGGACAGUGUGUACAGACAGGCUUCUCAGCUAAGCUGUACCCCGUUCUGA